CUCUUCCUUUCCGUCUCUGGCCGGCUGGGCGCGGGCGACUGCUGCCGAGGCGCGUGGAGCCUCGCGCUGCUUCCCUUUCGUCUCCUGUCCCGGCCCGGGCCGCUAAGGAGUUCGCUGACGCCGGGUGAGCCGAGCCUGUCGCCAAGAUGCCGGCCUAUUUUCAGAGGCCGGAAAAUGCCCUCAAACGCGCCAACGAAUUUCUUGAGGUUGGCAAAAAGCAGCCUGCUUUGGAUGUUCUUUAUGAUGUUAUGAAAAGUAAGAAACACAGAACAUGGCAGAAGAUACAUGAGCCAAUUAUGUUGAAAUACUUGGAACUUUGUGUGGAUCUUCGCAAGAGCCACUUGGCUAAAGAAGGAUUAUACCAGUAUAAGAACAUCUGUCAACAGGUGAACAUCAAAUCUCUAGAGGAUGUUGUUAGGGCAUAUUUGAAAUUGGCAGAGGAGAAAACUGAAGCUGCUAAAGAAGAAUCCCAGCAGAUGGUCUUAGAUAUAGAGGAUCUGGAUAAUAUUCAAACCCCUGAGAGUGUUCUCCUAAGUGCUGUAAGUGGUGAAGACACUCAGGAUCGUACUGACAGAUUACUUUUAACUCCAUGGGUUAAGUUCCUGUGGGAAUCAUACAGACAGUGUUUGGACCUUCUUCGAAACAAUUCUAGAGUGGAGCGUCUCUACCAUGAUAUUGCCCAACAAGCUUUCAAAUUCUGCCUCCAAUAUACCCGUAAGGCUGAAUUCCGUAAGCUGUGUGACAAUUUGAGAAUGCACUUGUCUCAGAUUCAACGCCACCAUAACCAAAGUACAGCAAUCAAUCUUAAUAAUCCAGAGAGCCAGUCCAUGCAUUUGGAGACCAGGCUUGUUCAGUUGGACAGUGCUAUCAGCAUGGAAUUGUGGCAGGAAGCAUUCAAAGCUGUGGAAGAUAUUCAUGGGCUAUUCUCCUUGUCUAAAAAACCACCCAAACCUCAGUUGAUGGCAAAUUACUAUAACAAAGUCUCAACUGUGUUUUGGAAAUCUGGAAAUGCUCUUUUUCAUGCAUCUACGCUCCAUCGUCUUUACCAUCUAUCUAGAGAAAUGAGAAAGAAUCUUACACAAGAAGAGAUGCAAAGAAUGUCUACUAGAGUUCUUCUGGCCACUCUUUCCAUCCCUAUCACCCCUGAACGUACUGACAUUGCUCGACUUUUGGAUAUGGACGGCAUUAUAGUUGAAAAACAGCGUCGCCUGGCAACACUGCUAGGCCUGCAGGCUCCACCAACGCGGAUUGGCCUUAUUAAUGACAUGGUUAGAUUCAACGUGCUACAGUAUGUUGUCCCAGAAGUAAAAGACCUUUACAAUUGGCUGGAAGUUGAAUUUAACCCACUAAAACUCUCUGAGAGAGUCACAAAGGUUCUAAAUUGGGUUAGAGAACAACCUGAAAAGGAACCAGAAUUACAGCAGUACGUCCCACAGCUGCAAAACAACACCAUACUCCGGCUUCUGCAGCAGGUGGCACAAAUUUAUCAGAGCAUUGAGUUUUCUCGUUUGACUUCUCUGGUUCCUUUUGUUGAUGCUUUCCAACUGGAACGGGCCAUAGUAGAUGCUGCCAGGCACUGUGACCUGCAGGUUCGUAUUGACCACACCUCUCGGACCCUUAGUUUUGGAUCUGAUUUGAAUUACGCUACUCGAGAAGAUGCUCCAAUUGGUCCUCAUCUGCAAAGCAUGCCUUCAGAACAGAUAAGAAAUCAGCUGACAGCCAUGUCCUCAGUACUUGCAAAAGCACUUGAAGUCAUUAAGCCAGCUCAUAUACUGCAAGAGAAAGAAGAACAGCAUCAGUUGGCUGUUACCGCGUACCUUAAAAAUUCACGGAAAGAGCAUCAGCGAAUCUUGGCUCGCCGUCAGACAAUUGAGGAAAGGAAAGAGCGUCUUGAGAGUCUGAAUAUUCAACGUGAGAAAGAGGAACUAGAGCAGAGGGAAGCUGAACUUCAGAAAGUACGGAAGGCUGAAGAAGAGAGGCUGCGACAGGAAGCAAAGGAGAGAGAGAAGGAGCGUAUCUUACAGGAACAUGAACAAAUCAAAAAGAAAACUGUUCGUGAGCGUUUGGAGCAGAUCAAGAAAACAGAACUGGGUGCCAAAGCAUUCAAAGAUAUUGAUAUUGAAGACCUUGAAGAAUUGGAUCCAGAUUUCAUCAUGGCCAAGCAGGUUGAACAACUGGAAAAAGAAAAGAAGGAACUUCAGGAACGCCUGAAGAAUCAAGAAAAAAAGAUUGACUAUUUUGAAAGAGCUAAACGUUUAGAAGAAAUCCCUUUGAUUAAGAGUGCUUAUGAAGAACAGAGAAUUAAAGACAUGGAUCUUUGGGAACAGCAAGAAGAAGAAAGAAUUACUACGAUGCAGCUGGAACGGGAAAAGGCUCUUGAACAUAAGAACCGAAUGUCACGAAUGCUUGAAGACAGAGAUUUAUUUGUAAUGCGACUCAAGGCAGCACGACAAUCUGUUUAUGAGGAAAAACUUAAACAGUUUGAAGAGCGGUUAGCAGAAGAAAGACAUAAUCGCUUGGAAGAACGUAAAAGGCAACGUAAAGAAGAACGCAGAAUAACCUACUACAGGGAGAAAGAGGAGGAGGAGCAGAGGAGGGCAGAAGAACAGAUGCUAAAAGAGCGAGAAGAGAGAGAGCGUGCUGAACGGGCAAAGCGUGAGGAAGAACUUCGAGAAUAUCAGGAGCGAGUCAAGAAAUUGGAAGAAGUAGAAAGGAAAAAACGCCAGAGGGAGUUGGAAAUAGAAGAAAGGGAACGUCGUAGGGAGGAAGAGAGAAGACUUGGUGAUGAUGCACUUUCUAGGAAGGACUCUCGUUGGGGAGAUAGAGAUUCAGAAGGCACAUGGAGAAAAGGACCUGAAGCAGAUUCUGAAUGGAGAAGAGGCCCACCAGAGAAGACUCUCGUUGGGGAGAUAGAGAUUCAGAAGGCACAUGGAGAAAAGGACCUGAAGCAGAUUCUGAAUGGAGAAGAGGCCCACCAGAGAAAUCGGGGUCCCCGGCGCAGCAUGGAUGACGACAGAGGCCCUAGACGUGGUCCAGAUGAAGAUAGGUUCUCUCGCCGGGGGGCAGACGAUGACCGGCCUUCCUGGCGUAAUGCUGAUGACGACAGGCCUCUCAGACGAAUUGGCGAUGAAGACAGGGGAAGCUGGCGUCACGCGGAUGACGACAGACCACCUAGACGAGGCCUGGAUGAGGACAGAGGAAGCUGGCGAACAGCCGAUGAGGACAGAGGACCCAGACGAGGGGUGGAUGAGGACCGGGGGCCGCGGAGAGGAGGUGCGGACGAUGAGCGGUCAUCCUGGCGGAACGCUGAUGACGAUCGCCCUAGGCGGGGCAUGGAUGACGACCGGGGUCCCAGGCGCGGGUUGGAUGAUGAUCGAGGACCUUGGAGGAGUACCGAUGAUGAUAGGAUUUCCAGGCGCAGUGCAGAUGACGACAGGGGGCCUUGGAGAAACGUGGACGACGACCGGAUCUCGAGACGGGCUGAUGACGAUCGGAUUCCCAGACGAAGUGAUGACUCGAGACCUGGUCCCUGGAGACCGUUUGUCAAGCCAGGUGGAUGGAGAGAAAAAGAAAGAGCCAGAGAAGAGAGUUGGGGUCCACCUCGAGAAUCGAGACCAUCAGAAGACCGUGAAUGGGACAGGGAAAAAGAAAGAGACCGAGACCAUCAAGAUCGUGACGAGAACGACAGGGACCCAGAGAGAGAGAGAGACAGAGAGAGGGACAGAGAGAGAGACGCGGAUCGAGAGGACCGCUUCAGACGGCCUAGAGAUGAAGGUGGCUGGAGACGAGGACCAGCUGAGGAAUCUUCAAGCUGGAGAGACGCGAGUCGUCGUGAUGACAGGGAUCGGGAUGACCGCCGCCGUGAGAGAGAUGAUCGCCGUGAUCUAAGAGAAAGACGAGAUGACCGAGAUCGAAGGGGACCUCCUCUCAGAUCAGAGCGUGAGGAAGUAAGUUCUUGGAGACGUGCUGAUGACAGGAAAGAUGACCGGACAGAAGAGCGGGAUGCCCCUCGUCGUGUUCCUCCUCCAGCUCUUUCAAGAGAUCGAGAAAGAGAUCGAGACCGAGAAAGAGAAGGUGAAAAAGAGAAGCCCUCAUGGAGAGCUGAGAAAGACAGGGAAUCUCUUCGUCGUACUAAAAAUGAGACUGAUGAAGACGGGUGGACCACAGUACGACGUUAAGUCUCAAGACAGUGGAUUCAAACUCAUGUCUUACAUAGGUUUGAUCACAUUCAAGGAUUAUACUUGUGCUUCAACCAAUCUAAAUUGGAUUCUUUACUGUUGUCUCACCAUAACACAAAAAGCAUGAACUUGUAUUAAUCCUAUAUAAUAGAUCGAUCAUGCACCGUAUCCACGGAAGGUUCGAAAACCAUGCAAUGUUUCGGAAUUUAAGGUUUUGGCAUUAUGUCAUCAAUCAUUUGUUUACAAAAAAGAAAAAGUAAAAAAUAAAUUUAAAAUGUGAAUUCUUCAGGUAUUGAGUAACACCUGUAUCUUGGUAUGGAACUGAUCUUUUUUCUUUUGAUUUUGAAAUAUCUGAUAUUAAUUUGGAAUGAAGUAUGGUUCUGUUAUAGAAAAUGUAUUUGAAGAUAUUUGAAGAUUGAAGCAGGAAGCUGAAACAAUUUUCAUACCAUUAGCAGUUGAGACAUGCCUCUAGGUAUUUUGAGGUAUUUACUAUUUACUAAAUUUAGAAAGUUUUUAGAUUUACUAUAAGUGCAGUAAACAUUACACACAUUGGAUACAGUGGGAUUUUCUGCAGGUUUUACUCGAGAGGGUGAGUAGAAAGCAAUGUGCAGUCAUUGUUGUGAUGACAAGAAUACUGCUCAAGUGUGAAUCUAAAACAGAUACAGCUUUGAAAUUUUAAAGCAUUUAGUAAACUAUUGCUGAGUUUUUCUUUUGCCAAUAGCAAACUGCUUUUCCAUUUAUGGAGAAUUCAUGCCUUCAAGCAUUUUAAAUAUGACAAUAUUUAUAAAUGUGGUGGUUUGGAAGAAUUGUUUAAAUUCUUUUUCCUGAUUUCCUUUCUCUUCAGGAUAGGUUCUUUCAACAAGUAAUUUGUAGUAAUGACUGUGUUGACUUCAAUUUUGGAGUGUAGUAGCCAUGUUAAAGAUUAACUAUUCGGUCUUAUUGAAGCCAACACAGAACUUGCUGCUGUGUUUUUUCUUCAACGAUAAAUAAAAUACUUACAGAAUUUG